UUGAACCACAUUCAGGGUAAUUAGAGUCAAGGAUUAAACAAACACCCCAAAUGCCAACAUCAUAAGCAGUGAGGGAAAUUAUCUCAUUCAGUCAGUUAGUCAAAGCUCAGUCUGCUGAGAAUCUGGAAGAAGUGCGGCCCUCAUCCUGUCCAGAGGCAGUUCACGAAACACCCUUGCUCUUGUCCUUGAUUGCGGAAGCCAAACCCAGCACAGAGAGUGGUUCCUGCAGCAAUGACCUCCCAGCCGCAGCGGGUGAGGUGGCUCUGCUCCGCUCUCCUGGGCUACCUGAGCUGCUGCUGCAUGCCGCGAGCUGAGGCGCAGUUCCCCCGCGUCUGCAUGACAGUAGAGGCGCUGCUGGCCAAGCGCUGCUGCCCAGCUUUGGGCCAAGAGCCGAGCAACGUGUGCGGCUCUCAGCAGGGCAGGGGACAGUGCAAGGAGGUGCAGGUGGACACCAUGCCAUGGCGCGGCCCAUACAACCUCCGCAACGUGGAUGACCGGGAACAAUGGCCCCGGAAGUUCUUCAAUCGGAGCUGCCAGUGUACAGGAAACUUUGCUGGCUAUAACUGUGGUGACUGCAAGUUUGGCUGGACUGGCCUCAACUGUGAUGAAAGAAAACCACUUCUUGUCCGAAAAAAUAUCCAUGCCUUGACUGCAGCAGAGAGAGCGCAGUUCUUAGAUGCUUUAGACCGUGCCAAGAAUACCACGCACCCAGACUAUGUGAUUGCUACACAGCACUGGCUGAGUCUCCUUGGGCUCAAUGGAACGGAACCACAAGUUGCAAACUGUAGUAUUUAUAACUACUUUGUGUGGCUUCACUACUACUCAGUCAGGGAUACCCUACUAGGACCUGGCCGCCCAUUCACUGCUAUAGAUUUCUCCCACCAAGGACCUGCCUUUGUUACUUGGCAUAGGUACCAUUUGCUGCUGCUGGAAAGAGAUCUCCAGAAACUGAUUGGCAAUGAAUCCUUUGCAUUGCCGUAUUGGAAUUUUGCCACAGGUAAAAAUGUGUGUGAUGUGUGUACAGAUCAGCUUUUUGGAGCAUCAAGACCAGAAGAUCCAAGCCUAAUAAGUCAGAAUUCCAGGUUCUCACGCUGGGAAAUAGUCUGCAAUAGCUUGGAUGAUUACAACCGUCUGGUUACACUGUGUAAUGGGACUAAUGAAGGCAUGCUACGGAGGAACCCACAAGGGAAGUCUAGUGAACAGCUGCCAACCAUGGAAGACAUCCAGAACUGCCUUUCACUUCGAAACUUUGAUAAUUCUCCUUUUUUCCGGAAUUCUAAUUUCAGCUUCAGGAAUUGUCUAGAAGGGUUUGAGAAAGCAGAUGGAACUUUUGUCUCCAGGAGUUCUUGAACAAAUGAACUCACAGAUGGAUGGAUGGACGGGCACACAGUCAGUCCUCAUGCUGCAGCCAAUGAUCCCAUUUUUGUGGUCCUUCACACUUUUACUGAUGCCAUCUUUGAUGAGUGGAUGAAACAAUUUAACCCCUCUGACAAUGCCUGGCCUUUGGAGCUGGCCCCUAUUGGGCACAACAGGAUGUACAACAUGGUCCCUUUCUUCCCACCUGUGACCAAUGCUCAACUCUUCUUAGCUGCAGAACAGCUCGGCUACAAUUAUGCCAUUGACCUACCAGAGUCACUUGAAGAAACUCGUGCUUGGACUAUUAUGGUUGGAUCCACGAUUGGAGGAGCACUGAUAGCUUUAGUUGUACUAAUUAUGCUGCUUGCACUCUUUCAGCACAGAAGAUACAGAAAAGGUUUUGAACCGUUGAUAAAUGCAAAGUUCAGCAAAAAAAAUUAUACAGAAGAGGCCUAGUGCUGUACAUUGCUUCAUCAGAUUGACUUGUAGGAAACUAACCUGAUUAGUUGUUCAGCUCUUAGCCAAGUGCUGAACUAAUAACUUGACACACACUCCUUGGCUGUGUCUAGACUGGCAAGUUUUUCUGCAAAAUCAUUUGAUUUUGCGGAAAAACUUGCCAGCUGUCUACACUGGCCACUU